GUACUUUCUACUUCCGUUUUUUUUUUUAAGAAUUACAACAUGCAAUGUACUCUUACUGUAUUUUGUGUCUUGUAUCUCAAAUGUGGAUAGACAGCUUUAAAAGUACAGAAUUAAACCUCGUAAGACUAUAAUUUUUUUGAAGGCCUUUACUCAGUGAUUUACACAAUGGACAAAAACACCGUGCUGACUCAUAAGCUGUCAGAGGACAUGUCUACACUUCUUGGUGGGCAGCUGCCAGUCAGUGUUAUAAACAACAAUAAAUACGUACCCCCCCUGACUUCUGAAGCUCAGACAACAGACGGAAGUGUGAAAGACAACUUGCCCUCUCUUGAUGAUGCCGUCAGAGCUGCACUGUCUGAUGAAAUCAAAAAUGUCAUACUGAUCGGUUCUGAAGGAUCAGGUAAAACCACUGCUUUGGAGAAACUCGUCUUGGACUGGGCAAAAGGAGAACACCUUCAAAGCUUUUCUUAUGUUUUGCAUUUCCGGUUCAGGGAGUUAAAGUCUCUUAGCGGGACUCUAUCCUUGGAGACAUUGCUGCUCCACCAUCACGGACAUAUCCCUCCUGAGUCCAUGCACCUUGUUGUACAGAAGCCUGCGGAUGUGUUGUUUGUUUUUGAUGAUCUGGAUCAGUGCAAAGAGAGCCUGGACCCCUCUGCCCACACCCUCUGCUCUGACCCCAGCCAGCUGGCCUCACUGUCCUGUCUAGUGGCCAGCUUGCUUCAUGGGUCACUGCUGAAAGGAGCUGCCUUUGUGGUGGCAACAAGGCCAACAGAAUGUCUGAACUUUCUGAGUGGCACCCGAGUGGAAGUGUUGGGGUUUCUGAAGCCACAAAGAGAGGCCUAUUUUAACAAGUUCCUUACAGACCCAGCUACUGCCAACGAAGCACUAAUGCACAUGGAAAGGACUCUUGGCUUUUAUGAUAUCUGUACAUCCCCGAGAUUCUGUUGGACAGUUUGUUCUAUUUACAAGUCACUGAUGGAUGCUGGAGCAAAACUUCCUGAGACUUUAUCUCAGCUGUAUGUAGCUAUUCUGGUCCACCUGAUCCAGCCGCUCUCGCUGAACGAGACCUGCAACAGAGAAUUAGUGUUGGCCCUCGGCAAGAUGGCGUCUCACUGCUCCCUUGACCAGUAUUCGAGCUGUACCAAAGAAGAAAUGGAUUCCUUUGGUUUGCAACGGUUUCCCACCUCAACUGGCGUUUUCCUGCAGGUAGAUGGUGACCAUUCAGAUAGAAGUGCUUUCUCCUUCCCCUCUCACCUGAUGCGGGACUUCCUCAUGGCUGUGUCUUUCUUUUUGGACGAGUCAACCGAUGAGGGUGUUGAGAAGAUGUUGGAAAAGCACAAAGGUCAUGCAGAGUUUCUAGAUAUCUUCUUGUCAGCGCUCUCAGAGCCAGUUCAGCGCAGACCCCUGGAGACCCUGCUGGGGGAGAUGAACUCUGAUCAGAUCAUGGAUUUCAAAGGCUGGUUUAAAAGCAGCUCAGAGGUGACACUGAAGGGAUAUUACAAAGACAAGCAUCACCGCUGCUUCCAUCUGCUUCAUCAAGCUCAAAAUGAGAGUUUGGUAAAAGAGAUCAUCAACCCCUCAGCACGAAUAGGCAUCAGCUAUGGAGACCUGAGCCUCCAGGACUGUGUAGCUCUGAAUUAUGUUGUCACGUGCCUUGGAGAGAUGCAGAGUUUGAAUCUUUACCGUACAAGGAAUUUGACAAAGGAGAAAGCAGAGGUGCUGGUUCCAACUAUGAGCUUGUCACAUGAAAUAAACUUGUCAGACAGCUCCUUGAGUACUGAGGCUGUCCCUCAUCUGGCCUCUGCCCUGAGCAGAGGGAUCACCAAGGAACUGGAUCUCUCUCACACCCGCCUCGGAGAUGAAAAGUUCAAAAUCCUUUGCACUGGACUCAGAAACUGCAAGCUGCAGAAAUUAAACCUUUUAGCAUGCAGACUGACAGAGUCAAGCUGUGAAGAUCUGGUGUCUGUCCUGACCUCAGGCACCUCUCAGCUGUCCGGGUUAAACAUGAUGUGUAAUCAGAUCGGGGACGAAGGAUUAAUGAAACUGUGUAAAGCACUACACAGUCCUCACUGCAAACUACAGGAGCUCCUGCUACACAGCUGCGAUUUGACUGCGGUGUCCAUGGAGGCCUUGUCAGCAGCUUUGUGUUCUGGCCCAUCAGAGCUGAGAAAAGUGGACCUUAACCUAAACAGUAUUGGUCUCAGUGGAGUGAAGGCUUUGUGCAAAUUUCUGCAACACCCACUUUGUAAACUGCAAAGCCUCAGUUUCUUUGAUUGCGAGCUGACAGGCGAGUGCUGUUCUCAUUUGAUGGAGGCCUUGAUGUCAGAGCACUGUUGUCUCUCAGAGCUACAGCUGUCAGUGAACGAUUUGGGCCAGGAGGGGGCGUUGCUGCUCUGCCAAGCCCUCAGUCGACCUGAAUGUCCAGUAGUAACACUUGGCUUGGUAAGAUGUGAGUUAACACAGCUGGUCUUCAAAGAGCUGGGCUCAGUGCUGAGAAGUGGGACUUCUCAAUUGAAGUCUCUGUCUGUAGGUAUAAAUCAAGUAGGAGACGACGGGGUUAAACACCUUUUGGAUGCUGUUGCACAUCCAGAUUGUCUGUUGGAGGAACUGGACCUUGAAAUGACCGGUUUGACGGAUGCCUGUGUUGAGGACUUGUGUGCUGCAAUAAGAGCCAGUCAGCGACUGAAGAGUCUGGAGUUGAGAAACAACUCGUUGACUGAUGCUUCCGUUCCAGCCCUUGUUCAAGUCAUGCAGGAAAGCCAAACCAUACAAAAGAUGAACCUAAAGUACAACGACUUCAGCGAAAAAGUUUUUGACAUCAUGUAUGAGUGUGAUAAAAUAAGCUACUGAAGAAGACGGGUGAUCCAUGAGUCUCACAGACUGCUGCAGGAUCAUCUACAGCACUGUAUUGAGGGCUGCCAUGUUAUUAUUAGAGCUGAAAUGACCAUUGGAUCAAUCCAAUUGACAGUAAAAUGACAAUUAAAGUUUUCAUGUUUUGGUUUUGUAUCAUAUUCCAACCAAACAAGGAAUAUGAUACAUUCUUGCCUUUAGGGAGUUGUCUCAAUUAAAACAUUAAUUAAAACA